AUGGCGAAAGCCAAAAUGGCGCUAUGCCGUUUGGAGAAGACUGCCGAAACUUUGGGCCUGGAGUUGGACAUGAGAGACGCAUAUGGACUCGGAGCAUCAUGUGAAGCACUGAUUCUUCAGUCCAUCGUGAAUGGCGUCGCAUCAAGACGAUAUGCUUCGGCGGCAGCGGUGGCCGAGAUUGAGCAACCCACACAAUCACCGUCAAAGAGUGCACCUACGAAUCCGCCCGUAACGCAGACUGGACCACGAAAGGCAUUCAGGGUAUCAUGCAGUCCUGUGCUAUCACGACCACCUCUAAUCACCCGCGAAUUGACCUCAUUCGAAAAAGCAUUCUAUCUGUACCAGAAGAGACUCAAUGAGCGACUGGCCCUACCCUUCACACGAUACUUCUACUUCAAGAAAAGCACGCCCCAGCUGGUCGAAUUCAAACGGAAGGCGAAAGCGCGGAAGGCAAUGGCGAGAGAUGUUGGUGUCUACAAUGCUUACGAUGAAGAAGGCUGGGAUGAUGAGGUGCGCGUUGGCAGUCGAUUGGGCGAGCCUGAAGACAUUGUUGCCAAGUUAAUACGAGAUGCUGAGGGGAAGGACAUUGUUGAUGCCGAGCCUCAGGGAGACGCAGAAACUGGCGGAGAAGCUGUCAGUGGCAAUGCGAAAGCUGGCGAGGGCGGGCUAAAACCAAUCGGAGAUAUUGUCAUUGAGAAACCUUCCCCGCGCAUCACGGAAGCGGACAGAGAGAACGACAUCAAGAGCUUGAGCCGAAAACUGGAUCGCAGCCUCUAUCUAUUGGUACAAGACCAAGAAGGGAGGUGGCGCUUUCCACAGGAUCGGAUAUACGGUAGAGAAAGCAUGUAUCAGGCUGCCGAACGAAUCCUGCUCCAGGCUGCGGGCAUUAAUAUGAACACUUGGGUCGUCGGUAGACACCCUGUGGGGCAUCUUGUUCAACGAUUCAGUGAGCCGCAAAUCUCCAAAAUUCUGCCCCACAAGCUGGUGGCCACUGCCACGAAGGAGUUUGAGCAGGAAGAGCACGGCGAAAAGGUCUUCUUCAUGAAGGCACGCAUAAUGGCAGGCCAAGCGGAUGUUGCCAGCAGCGAACUUGGAGUCAAGGACUUUGCUUGGCUCACCAAGGAGGAAAUCUCGGAGAAGGUUCACAAGCCUUACUUCAAAGCCAUUUCCAACAUGCUGCCACAGCGGUGAGGACGCAUGAUGUGCCUGUGUAAAGCUUAUGAUUGUAUAGAUGUAGCAUUAAGAACAGCCGUGUACACCACACG